UUAAACCUAUCCGUUAUACUUCAUUGACUCCCAUGUCCCGUCUCCGGAUAUGAACUGAGCUUUUCCCUCCUUCCCUGCUUUCUUCCUCUAUCCACCAUCAGUCAUACUCCACUACUCCUGAGUCCAGACAUGGACUGAGCUUUUUCUUCCUUCCCCGCUUUCUUCCUCUCUUGACGGUCUCCUGCAAUCUGCAAAAUGGGAAAGAUGCCACCAUUUUCGUUGCCAAAGUAGUAGCUGCCUCGAGUCUUGUAGCUGCCCUGUGACUUUAGUAGCCUCGUGUCUUGAUUUUAGUCGCUGCCACGAGACUUGACUUUCUCGUUUCAUCUCUCACUCUCUCUUACUCUUUUAAAUCUACUUAUACCAGUGAAUCUUACCUAGUUACGAACCAGCUCAGGGAGUCAGGGGAUCCAACGAAAGAAAGAAGGAGUGCAGGCACGAGUACGAUGUUCUUCCCACCCUCUUCCACGCUAAUGUCCACCCCUACUGUUCUGUUCCUUAAGCCCAUUUUUCUGCAUGGGUUUUCCGCUUCUUCAAACCUUGUUUUGUUACUGGUUUUGUCAUUUUAUUGGGGGUGCAAGAGACUUACGACGCCCAAACACGAAGGUUCAGUACAGGGUCUAAAGCACGCCCCUUUUUGGUACUAUCGAUCCGCCCUUUUCGCAUGUUUGGGUCUUUUUUUCUUUAAUCUUCUUUUUUGCGCUUUAAACUACUUCUGGUGGCAUAGAAAUGGUUGGUCUAAUGAAAAUCUUGUGACCCAAUUAGAUUAUGUACUGAGAACACUUGCUUGGUUUGCAAUCUCUUCUUACUUGCAUUUCCAAUUUCAUUCACAUGAGCUGAGGUUUCCCAUCCCAUUAAGAAUUUGGUGGGGUUUCUACUGCCUAAUUUCUUGUUCCAGUCUUGUCAUCGACACAGUUUCCUUCCAGAAACAUCAGUUCUUACCAACCCAGUCUUGGAUUUCCGAUGUUGCCUCUGUUCUUGCUGGCUUGUUCCUCUGUUAUGCUGGAUUCUUUGGGAAGCAAAGAGGAGAUGCCGGUCUUCGGGAGCCUCUUUUGAACGGUAGUAACAAUAGAGCAAAUGGUGUCGAGGGGUCAGGCAAGAGUAUUAGCAGUGGCAAUCUAGCUCCUUACUCAACUGCCAAUUUUUUUUCUCUUCUUACUUUCUCUUGGAUGGGGCCUUUGCUUGCGGUUGGAAACAAGAAAACUAUAGUCCUUGAAGAUGUUCCUGAGCUUGCCAUCAGUGACAGUGCGAAUGGGGUCUACCCGGGUUUCAAAAGUAAGCUUGAAUCAGAUGGUGUCAAUGGUGAUGGCAGUGCUGGUCAUGGCCAAAUCACCACACUCAAGCUGGUGAAGACAAUUAUCUUCGUAGCAUGGGGAGAAAUUAUAUUGACUGGUGUAUUUGCCCUUCUACAUACAUUCGCUUCUUAUGUUGGACCAUAUCUCAUUGACAGCUUUGUUCAAUAUCUCAGUAGUCCUCACGAGGACAAAAGCAAAGGCUACAUGUUGGUUUCCACGUUUUUCCUUGCAAAGCUUGUAGAGUGCCUCUCGCAGAGGCACUGGUUUUUUAGGUCGCAAAUGGUGGGGAUUAGAGCUCGUUCUGGCCUGGUUUCAAUGAUCUAUAGGAAGGGUCUCAAACUUUCAAAUGAAGCAAGGCAGGGCCACACAAGUGGCGAGCUCAUUAAUUUCAUGAGUGUUGAUGCAGAUAGGGUUGGCGAUUUCAGUUUUUACAUGCACGACCUAUGGACUAUGAUUCUUCAAGUUGUACUAGCAAUGGUGAUCUUGUACAAAAGCCUUGGGCUCGCUUCGAUUGUUGCUUUGGUUGCUACAGUAAUUGUGAUGUUCGCAAAUUUACCGUUGGGGACAUUGCAAGAGAAGUUCCAGGGGAAAUUGAUGGGUUCUAAAGAUCAAAGGAUGAAAGCAACGUCUGAGAUUCUAAGGAAUAUGAGAAUUCUGAAGCUUCAAGCUUGGGAGAUGAAGUUCUUGGCUAAGAUCGUUAAGCUCCGAAAGGUAGAGACAGGAUGGUUGAAGAAAUAUGUUUAUACGUCAGCCAUGAGUAAAUUCCUAUUCUGGGGUGCCCCCACAUUUGUAUCUGUGCUCACUUUUGGGGCAAGUAUGUUUCUAGGAGUCCCUCUAGAGUCGGGCAAGGUUUUGGCUGCACUUGCAACAUUUAGGAUAUUGCAAGGGCCAAUUUGUAGUAUUCCAGACACAAUCUCAAUGAUAGUUCAAACAAAGGUUUCUCUUGAUAGGAUUGCCUCAUUCCUUCGUCUUGAUGACUUGCAACCUGAUAUAAUACAGAAGGUCCAUGUGGGUAGUUCUGAGAUUGCAAUUGAGAUAAUCAAUGGGAAUUUCUCUUGGGAUCCCCAUUUCUCUAUUCUCACACUGAAAGAUUUGAACUUGCAAGUGUACCAUGGCAUGAGGGUGGCUGUUUGUGGUCCAGUUGGCUCAGGCAAGUCAAGCUUGCUUUCAUGCAUAUUGGGGGAAAUUUAUAAGGAGUCGGGGACUAUUAAGUUAAGUGGGACAAAGGCUUAUGUUGCACAAUCACCUUGGAUACAAAGUGGCACAAUAGUAGAUAAUAUAUUGUUUGGUAAAGAGAUGGACAUAGAGAGGUAUGAGAAAGUCCUAGAAGCUUGUUCAUUGAAGAGGGACCUUGAAAUUUUGCCUUGUGGGGACCAGACUGUUAUAGGGGAGAGGGGCAUCAACUUAAGCGGUGGGCAAAAGCAAAGAAUUCAGAUUGCACGUGCUUUGUACCAGGAUGCUGACAUUUUUCUCUUUGAUGACCCUUUUAGUGCUGUGGAUGCUCAUACAGGAACACAUAUCUUCAAGGAGUGUUUACUUGCGCAUAUGGGUUCAAAAACUGUGAUUUAUGUUACCCAUCAAGUAGAAUUUUUACCUGUUGCUGAUCUCAUCCUGGUUAUGCGAGAAGGAAGGAUUACUCAAGCAGGAAAGUAUGAAGAGAUUCUUAGUUCAGGAACUGACUUUAUGGAACUAGUUGGUGCACAUAAGAAAGCUUUGGCAGCCCUAAAUUCUACUGGUGGUUUGAUUUCUUCUGCAAAUUUAAUUACUAGUGAGGAAGAUGGUAAUACAGGAUAUUCUGAGAAGACCUUCCAAGAAGAAGAGGAGAAAAGGGAAUCGAUAAAUACUAAAACUGAAAAAGUAGUUCGGGCAGAUGGGCAACUUGUUCAAGAAGAAGAGAGAGUAAAAGGUAGGGUUGGCUUUUCAGUUUACUGGAAAUAUAUUACGAUGGCAUACAAAGGAGCACUAGUGCCAUUGAUAUUGUUGGCACAAAUUUUCUUUCAACUCCUUCAGAUUGCAAGCAAUUACUGGAUGGUAUGGGCAACUAAUGUUUCAAAGGAUGUGAAACCUCAUGUUAGAGCCUCUACACUUAUUUUGGUCUAUGUUAUUUUGGCCCUUGGAAGCUCUCUUUGUGUACUUGCAAGAUCCACGCUAACUGUAACUUCUGGAUACAAGACCGCCACACUACUUUUCAACAAAAUGCAUUUGUGCAUUUUCCGUGCCCCCAUGUCAUUUUUCGAUUCCACUCCAAGUGGACGUAUUCUCAACCGGGCUUCUACAGAUCAAAGUGCAGUUGAUAUGUCUAUUCCGUCUGCAAUUACGUCAGUUGCCUUCUCAGUGAUACAACUCCUGGGAAUCAUUGCAAUAAUGUCUCAAGUUUCUUGGCAAGUUUUUGUUGUUUUUAUUCUUGUGAUCGUGAUCUGCAUCUUGUACCAGCAAUACUACAUUCCUACGGCACGAGAAAUAGCACGGCUUAUUGGAGUAUGCAAAGCUCCACUUAUACAACACUUUGCUGAAUCUAUUUCAGGGUCAACAACAAUUAGGAGCUUUGACCAGGAACCAAGAUUCAUAGAGAUGAAUCUCAAGUUGAUAGAUGGCUACUCUCGGCCACAAUUAUAUAAUGCUAGUGCAAGGGAGUGGUUAUGCUUCCGGUUGGAUAUGUUGUCAUCCCUCACAUUUGUCAUCUCUUUGGUUUUCUUGAUUUUAGCACCAAAGGGAGUGAUUAAUAUUGGCAUUGCGGGUUUAGCAGUGACAUAUGGACUUAAUUUAAAUCUGCUACAAGCCUGGGUCGUAUGGAAUCUCUGCCAUCUUGAGAACAAAAUUAUUUCCGUUGAGAGAAUGUUUCAAUACUCAUGCAUCCCUAGCGAACCUCCUCUUGUGACAGAGGUGAAUAGUCUUGAUUGUGAAUGGCCAUCACAUGGGGAUGUUGAUCUUGUUAAUCUGCAGAUCCGUUAUGCCCCACACUUGCCUCUUGUUUUGCGUGGUAUCACAUGCACUUUUUCUGGAGGGAUGAAGACUGGCAUUGUUGGCCGAACAGGUAGUGGUAAAUCAACUCUCAUUCAGGCACUCUUUCGCAUUGUAGAACCUGCAGCUGGUCACAUUAUGAUAGAUGGCAUCGACAUAUCCAACAUUGGACUCCAUGACUUGCGAUCAAGAUUAAGCAUCAUUCCGCAAGACCCAACCAUGUUUGAGGGGACUGUGAAGAACAAUCUGGAUCCGCUUGAAGAGUACACUGAUGAACAGAUUUGGGAGGCUCUUGACAGGUGCCAGCUUGGAGACGAAGUUAGGAAAAAGGAAGGGAAGCUUGACUCUGCAGUAACUGAGGCUGGAGAGAACUGGAGCAUGGGCCAGAGGCAGCUAGUGUGUCUUGGCCGCGUGCUACUCAAGAGGAGCAAAGUCUUGGUUCUUGACGAAGCUACUGCUUCGGUGGAUACUGUGACUGAUAACCUCAUUCAGCAUACAGUUAGGCAACAGUUCUCAGAUUCUACAGUUAUCACAAUUGCACACAGGUUAACAUCUGUUUUAGAUAGUGAUAUGGUCCUACUUCUUGACCACGGCCUUAUCAUGGAAUAUGACUCUCCAGCCAAAUUACUAGAAAAAAAAUCGUCAUCAUUUACGAAGCUUGUGGCCAAGUAUACUCAGAGGUGAAGUUCUAAUUCUGAAAGGUAAACUGAUAUUUGAAUAGAAAAAAUGCAAUUGGCUGCAUUCAGCUGAUGUGCAUGGCUUGAUAAUUAUGAAAAGUAUUUUGGACAAGAUGGUGGAAUGGUCUUGAGGUUGCAUUCAUUUGAGAUGCAUGGCUUUAUCAUUAUGAAUCUCUGUUGGAUUUUCUGGCCAUGAGGUAACUUUAGGUACAAGUACGAUAGCUGGUUUACUUCGUAAGUUGGUUACUCUACAUGCAUAAAUGGAAGGUGUAGCUAGGAUAUUAUCAGGUUUGAGGCUUUCAGUUGUUGGUUAGUCUGGACUUUGGAGGGGCUAUUCCUUCAACCCCUGGACACUCUCAAUGGGUGAGGCAAGGACCACCAACAGAAUUUGUGGAUUGUAAUGCAGAUGAGAUCUUGCUGGUUUCUGGAAGAGAUGUUAUCUUAGGAGAUUUACUUCUGAACAUUUCUAUGAUUACAGUAACAACAGUGAGUGAUGAAUGUCAUUUGUCAUAGUUCAGAGCUUGUUUUCUGUUGAUGCACGAUGUAACACUUCCUCUUGAAUAAUAUUAUCUUCUUCGUGUUUUAAGAGUCCAAA